AUGCGUUCUGGCGACUUGCUGAUUGAGAUUAAUUCACGAAAGCAAGCCCAGAACAUACAAAAGUUAAAGGCUUUGGCAACUAUACCAAUCAAGGUAUACCUACACACAUCUUUAAAUACAUCAAAAGGUGUUAUUACAUGUGGAGAGAUUUUCAACUUGCCUGUAGAUUUAAUUACCGAGGAAUUAAAAUCACAAGGUGUCACACAUGUCCGCCGUAUUACCAUCCGGCGAGAUGGACAAACUCUUGAGACUAAACAUCAUAUACUUACUUUUAUGUCCCCUAAACUCCCGGGCUACAUAUAUGCAAGUUACAUUAAGCUUCCCGUGAGACCAUACAUACCGAAUCCUCUCAGAUGCUUUAAAUGUCAGCGUUUUGGGCAUUCGAAAGCAAACUGCCGUGGGACAGUCGCUUGUGCCCGCUGUGCUGAGAAAGGACAUGAGAGCCAGGAUUGUUCAGCACCAGAGAAGUGCGUGAAUUGUAAAGGCGAACAUACGUCCUUCUCCCGCUUAUGCCCACGUUGGAAAAUCGAAAAACAAAUCACAGCAACUAAAAUUAAAGAAAAUAUUCCAUAUCCUGAGGCUCGAAAGAAAGUUCUUGCACAAACACCCUCCCCUGGCGUAAGUUAUGCAUCUAUAGUACGGAAAAACUUUUGUGAAAAUUGUACCUGUCCCAAUUGUGCUCAAAAUAUCACCCGUAUGAUCUCUCCUAAGCAGUCAUCUGAUUCUGAUAGAGAAAAAUCGAUUGGCAACACACCUGAUAUUGAAAAACUAGAUAAAAAUAAGCGAAAAACAAAGCCGGUAAAAUCUCUUAAACUAAAGCUUGCAAAACGUGGACUGUCGAAGAAAGAACUGUCUUCGUAG